AUGCGACGGCGGACGCCCAGUCGAGAUUCUGUCACCGGCAGGCAACAAACAAAGAGCAAGCCUCCGGUCAAAUACGCACCACCAACUCGCAGUCACGGUUCUAUCCCAGUCUCACCAUCGACAUUGACGGUUGAAGCAUCCUCUGAUACUCAUACACCGCCGACUGGGCCAUCGUCCAGAUCGGGGCACUUGAAUGAGGAUCAAGAUCCGGAUCAAAACCGUGAGUACUAUUCCGCCCAUGGACGGUUUGCUGGCGAUGUCGCAGCAGCGAUAGAUAUGAGGGCAGGGCUCGCCCCGGUUGCCACUUCCAACCUUGUUCCGUUCGUCGAUGCACCUUUGUUCGGAGAUAUAGAUCUGCAUCACCCACGCGGUGUUCUUACCGACCUGCCUCCUCGAGUGCAUGCUGAUAGACUGGUCGGUAUCUACUGGCAACAUAUACAUCAUGUGGAGCCUGUUUUAAAUCGAGAAUUAUUUUUUCAUGACUAUGAGGCGUCUUACUCUAGACCUGGUGCAUUGCUUCACGCAGAUCAUGACGUCUGGCCUAGCAUUCUUAAUGCUGUCUUUGCCCUAGCUGUACAGAGACAGGAGGCCAUACCUCGACAGAAACGAGAUGAAGAGGGGAAUCGAUAUUUUCAGCGUGCAUGGGCACUUCUUCGCCCCGAGACAAUUAUUUGGAAGCCUGGCUCGCUCGAGCUGAUACAGUGCCUAAUGCUUAUGAACCGAUACCUCCACUGUACUAACAACCAGCAAAAGACAUGGAUGACAGCGGGAUUGGCUAUGCGAAUCGCCCAGGGUAUGUGUUGCCAUCUCCCAGAAGUGCCUUCAACCAAGGAUUCUAUCAACAACAGGCAGUCGAAACAGCAAGUUUGGGCUAGCUGUGUUGCUCUAGACCGCUGUGUUUCUUGGUCACUCAGCAGGACAUCAGCACCACCCCUGAUUCUCUUGCCGCAUAGGGCCGACUCCAUGACCUCACGCGAGAGCUACCAACAGAGCGGCUCGCAGGCUGAUCAUUUCACAUUGGGAUUGGAGCUGCAUGAAAUUGGCAAUCAAAUCCAGUUAGCUCAGACACAAACUCGAAACUGCCUCGCCUCCAGGUUGGGCCUACCACGUCUAUAUCAGCAAGACGAAUACCAUGUCGUCGCCGUGCAGCUAGACUCCUGUCUCAACAAAUUGGAAAACAAUCUUCCUAGCGACUGGAAGUUGCAGAACCUUCCAAAUGUUGUCGAUAGUACGUCUCGAGCAGAACGAUAUUUGCUCCAUCUUCGACCUAUGCUCGCACGCUUCUACUUAUUGAAAUCCCACCCAACUCAAGCAGCAACACCUAAUCCUCCUAAUCUAAGCGAUCGGCUUCUCAGAGAAUGCGCUCAAAUAUGCAUUGAAACUGCACAAAAGAUCGCGUCGCUAAUCGCAGAGACACUUGCACCAGACGAGCCAAUCGGACUUUUACCGUGGUGGUACCGGAUCUAUUAUUUACACAUCGCAGGCAUAAACUUUCUAGCAGCCAUGUUUGAACCGGAUUUAUUUACAGAGUCGAUAUCGCGAUCUUGGGAAAUUGUCGUGUCGGCCCUCCGCGCACAUGAGCAUUUGAGUACAUAUGUCCUACAGUGUGUGCGGACGUUUGAAACGCUCUCGACCAGGAUUCUGUGGACGCGAUAUUCCAAUUCAAAUAGCAGUGUGAAUGAGGCGCCCGGGGAGGGGACAUCUGGCCUUCUAUACGACGACAUUUUCCAGGAUCUAGGCUUCGAUUUUGACGGUUUUCUCUUCGGGGCCGAGGAUGUUUUUGAAGGUUAUUCGUACGUCGACAAUUACAGCAGCACAGCGGCCAACAUCCAUUCCUAA